GGAGCCGGAGUGAAGUAGGUGAGGGCGAGGGCGAGGGCGAGGGCGAGGGCUGCGGGUGGGGAUCGUUGCCCCGCUCGGGGUCCUGUCAUGCCCGAGCUCAACUGUGCAGAAUGCCACACAAAAUUGGAUUCGUUGUUAUCAGUUCAUCAGGACAUGAAGAUGGCUUCAGUGCAAAAGAACUGAUGGUUCAUGCACCAACAGUUAAUGGAUGGAGAUCACCAAGACUCUGCCAGUAUCCACAAGAAAUCGUCCUUCAGAUGGUGGAGAGAUGUCGAGUUCGAAAGCUACAGUUACUCGCUCACCAGUAUAUGAUUUCAAGUAAAAUUGAGUUCUACAUUAGCGAAAAUCUGCCUGAGUACUUUGCACCGUAUCAGUCAGAGCGGUUUCGCAGACUGGGUUAUGUCUCUCUCUCAGACAAUGAGAAGACCGGGUACAGAGCACGGGAGCUGAAGUCAGUCUACGUGGAUGCAGUAGGACAGUAUCUAAAACUCACUUUCCAUAAAAAUUACAUCAAUAGAUACAACUUAUACAGUCAGGUUGCUCUGGUAGCAAUAAAUAUAAUCGGGGAACCUGCAGACUACAGCAGUGACAGCAAUAACCCUUCAAGAGAGAAGCUGAUUGACCAUUACCUUGGGAACAAUCCAGAUGACCUAGCCUUAGAUGGAAUAUACCUCGGAAAACCUGACUCUAUUUCACCACUGGAUGAUUUGGCUUUUGAUAUGUACCAGGAUCCAGAAGUUGCUCAGAUAAUUCGUAAACUGGAUGAGAAAAAGCAUGAAGCUGUCCAUCAUGAACGUUAUGACUAUGCCAAGAAACUCAAACAAGCUAUUGCUGACUUGCAAAAGGUUGGGGAACGACUCGGGCGGUAUGAGGUAGAAAAGCGCUGUGCUGUAGAGAAGGAAGAUUAUGAUCUUGCUAAACAGAAGAAACAGCAGAUGGAAGAGUACCGCCUGAAGGUGUAUCAGCAACUGGAGCUGCACAACCUUCUGGAUCCAGAGCUGAUGAUCCGAAGACCUCCUGAAUUGCCACUUGAGCCUAUGGUUUAUUCUGUUAGCCCUCGGCAAAAGAAACCCAUGCAGUCACCCCAGCAUGAGAAAACAGAAGCACAGAAGACCGAGCCUUUGCCACAAGAAAAGCCACCCAAGACAACUUCCCCUGAGCCCACUGUUCCUGAACACUCCACUUCUCCUGUUGCUCAGCCAUCAGUCUCUGUAGAGGGUUUUCCAAAGAUAAAUGUUGAAUUCUUGCCGUAUGAUGAGAGACCUCUUCCAGCUAUUCGUAAGCAGCAUGAGGAUGGAUUUGCCUACCUUGAGCCAGAGAUGAAUGAAGAAGAUAUCAGUGAUACUCCAAGAAGUGGCACUGGAGAACCAGAACCAUUAACUGAGAGAGCGCUGAGGGAGGCUAGCCCUGCCAUUGAAGUUUUCGGAGAGGCCUUGGUUGCAGGAGCAUAUUCCAAGACUUGGUCAUAUCGAGAAGAUGCAUUGCUUGCUGUAUAUAAAAAGCUGAUGGAAAUGUCUGCCAGCACAUCUAAGGAUGAUUUAAAGAAUAUGCUUAGAGCUGCUGUCUUCCUUAUAAGAAGAGCCAUAAAAGAUAUAGUGUCUUCAGUUUUCCAAGCUUCCCUGAAACUUUUGAAAAUGGUCAUCACUCAGUAUAUACCAAAGCAUAAACUAGGUAAACUGGAAACAGCUCAUUGUGUGGAAAGAACGCUUCCAAAUCUGCUUUCUAGAACAGGAGACUCCUCAACCCGUCUUCGUAUUGUGGCUGCCAACUUCAUUCAGGAAAUGGCACUAUGUAAUGAAGUUAAACCUCUUCAAAUCAUUCCGGUUCAUCUGGUCCAGCCAUUGAAACCGAAUUCCCCUACUCAUCUGGCAAUGAGUCAGGUGGACUUGGUGGAACGGCUGUUGAAAGACCUGGGAACAGAAAACUCUGGGUUUACCAUUGACAACGUCAUGAGGUUUGCAACAGGAGCACUGGAGCACAGAGUGUAUGAGGUACGCGAUACAGCAUUACGGAUUAUCUUCGACAUGUACAGGCAGCACCAGGCCAUUAUACUGGACUAUCUUCCUCCAGAUGAUGCCAACACACGCAAGAAUGUUCUCUAUAAAACACUCUUUGAUGGAUUUACUAAAAUAGAUGGUAGACUUACUGAGGCUGAGCUUAGGGCACAGAAAAAGGCGGCCACAGAAGAAGCAGAAAAACAGAAGAAAGAGGAGAUUAAGGUCCUGCAAGGGCAGCUAGCAGCACUGAAGGAGAUCCAGGCAGAAGUUCAGAUUGGGAAGGAGAAAGAAAAUGAUUUGCAAAAGCCAAAGACUCAAGGUGAGCAGGUAAAGAAAGUCACCCUGCUUAUGGCAACAGAGAUUCCAGAUGAUAAUUCCUCGGUUGCAAAUUAUUUAGAUAACCUAUGCAUUUUUUGUGGUGAAAGGGAUGAAUCUUUCACAGAGGAAGGCUUGGAUCUCCAUUACUGGAAACAUUGCCCUAUGUUGACAAGAUGUGAGCACUGCAAACAGGUGGUGGAGAUAGCAAGCCUGACAGAGCACUUGCUGACUGAGUGUGAUAAAAAAGAUGGCUUUGGGAAAUGUCAGCGCUGUAGCGAGGCCAUUCCAAAAGAGGAACUGCCCAAACAUGUGAAGGGCAAGACUUGCAAUUCUGCAAAACCAGAAAAGGUGGCAAACCAUUGUCCAUUGUGCCAUGAAAACUUCGCCCCAGGAGAGGAGGCCUGGAAAUCUCACUUAAUGGGCAAAGAUGGCUGUAAAAUGAAUCUGCGGAGGGCGCAUACACUAAAUAAAACUCUGCUGAUGCAGCCUGGCAAAGCAGCAGGAUUACCCGUAAACAAAUCAGGUCCUACAGCAGCAAAGGUUCGAUCCCCCUCUGUAGGAAGCAAGAUCCCUACCCCAAAAGGAGGCCUGAAUAAAAGCACUGGCAGAACAUACGCAAAGCGAUGACAUGAGAAGUACUUGUUUCCUUUGUCUCCAUAACUGAGCAAGUUUUAUGUGAUGCACAACAUUUCCAAGAUUUGUUUACAAGUGAUAGGAGCCCCAUGUCAUCCAUUUCACUUGAACUACACACUGUUGUUUAUCAACCACAAAUAGUGUUUGACUGCUUCAUUUACCCAAUAGUUAACACUUAUAUAUUGGUUCUCUCUGUGCAGUGUUGUGUAUAAUUAUCCCAAAAACCUGCAUCUCAUUCUUAGUGAUGAGCAGUCUUUUGGGGACAGAGCCUCUGGCCUCCUGCACUCCUUUUGCACUUCCCCAAUAGCAUGGAGGGAGCAGAAAGCAGCUGAACCUUCCCUGAUGAGGAUUCUCUCAGCCUGGGGGGAGUCCCUAGUAGUAUAAAUCCAGCAUAGCCAGAUCCUGAGCUAUCCACUGCAGCAGCAACCAGUGUAGAGAUCCUGGCCAAAAUAUAGCAAGCUUCGGCUGUCCGUGGUCAGUGUAUUGUCCCAUGGGACUAGGGUGGUAGCUAGUGUAACAAGAGCAUCCUGGAUGCUAGGACAAGUAAGGAACUGGCUGCAGGAUCAGGAAGCCACAACUGGCUCUCUUUUGGCCCUUCCUCAGGGCAUAGCUGAGACUUGAGCCCUUCUGAUUCAAACUAAAUCAGCUUUUGAGAACAAAGCUUUGAGGUAUCUGUUCCUUUGAACCAAAGCUAACAUUCGCUUACAAACGCUCCCCAAACGUUUAGGGAAUGCAAUCAUUGUAUCAUGUGACUUUAUCAGUUUGAUGAAGUCACUAUAAAAUUUGUUGGUAAUUGUUCUUUGCCAAAACUUGCUUGGUUGUGUGACACAGUAAAAGUAAUUGUGUCACUACAUACCUGAUUGAGGGGAAAUAAGUACUAGUUGUACAGAAAUAGAACUACAAUAAGACUAUAGUAUCACUUAGCUACAGUGUGUGUUUCUGCACCACUCCUGCAAAUCAAAACCAAUCUACAGAGAAAUUAUCAUAUUUAGGCUUUGAAACACAUCGCUGAAUAUUAGAAACACAGUAGCUGUAUUGCGAUCACAGUAGCCUUGCGGUUGUUAAGUUUGUGUCAUAAGAGUGUCACAAUCCAACUGUUCUAAUGUACAGCUAACAAAAAUUAAAGUAGAAAGUAAGUCUUGAGCAGCUAAAAGUAUUCCUUUACUAGACACCUUGAAAUUCUCUAGCUGGCCAGUGUUACAUAGCCACAGAAUGAUGUGAGUAAACAAUAUGCUUUUUCUAGAAAAACUUUAACUGCUCUUACAUUCCUUUGGGUAGUCUGUCUUACCUCCAGAUCCAUGUUUGAUAUGAGUAUAAUGAAUAUUUCAGGUAGCAGCUUUUAUAUUAUAACUAUGUAUACAUAGAAGAAUAUACCUGUUUAUACAGAGUACCUGUUAGACAUUUAUAACAAGGGUUUAAGCAUAAAUUAUUCUGUCAGUUAAAGUAAUGUUUAAAAAAGCAGAUUAUACUUCCAAAACAAUUAUUUUAUAAAUAUAAUUAGAUGGACUUGUGUGAACAAGAUACACACCUAGAGCAGUGAACUUGUGAAAUAGCAAUUACCCUAAAGUAAAACUCUACCAGAGCUGCUUAAUUCAGAAAUAACAUUGGAGAGUCACCAGUGCAGGCCAGGAACAUAUUUUGAAUCCUGCAAGACCCAACUUGUAGUUUCUCUAUACCCAUAAGGUGCCCAGUUUAUAAGCAGGACAAGAAUCUGAGAAGUUUUUUUUUGUCAACUCCCUUGUUCUCUGUUAUCCACCCUAACAUCUUGUAAAGCAAAAAAUCAUCCCAUUCUCUGGAGACUGUAAUUAUUCAUUAUGCCACAUACUAACACGAUUUGAUAGUAAUUCAGCAACAGCCAUUGACUGAGCCUUAAUUAAAGUACCAUCAAUGUGUCUACAGCAAUCUUAUCUGUUCAGGGGUUUCUAAUCAUUCUGGGAGGCAGGUUAUCGGUUGAGGGGGCAAAUUUUGUUUUAGCAAAAGUGGACAAAAUAAUUUUGAUCAUUUACCUUACAGAACUGUAAAAAGCUAGUCAUUUUUCUUUGGUGCUUCAGCUCAAAACUGCUAUGUUUCUAAACUGAGAUUGUGCAUAGUAUUUUUCUGUAACAAUAAUUUACACUUCAUUUAGGAUCUAAUUCGACUCCCAGUGAAGUUUAACAGAAAGAUUCCAAUUGACUUCAGUGGGUUUUGGAUCAGCCCUUAUAACAAUACAUGUCUCUGAGUAAAAGCUACCAGGAAUUGUAGCUUUGAAAAAUAGUUUCUCUAGAAGGAGAGAAGUUACUGUUCAAAGGCUUUAACUACACUUUUCAAUGGGUUUUACAACAUGCAUUUGCUGUGUACAGUUAGUGCAGUACGUAUGCCAAAAUGUGUUUCUCCGAUAGACAAUAAAAGUUCCCAAUACAUUUUAAUUUUUGUUAAGUCACCAAAGUGCCAGAAAAGUUGCUAUUUAAAUAGCCUCUUUGACAGCCAUGUAGUCUCUGUCAAUGAUUUCUCCAUCCUGUUUGCUCAGACAACAUAACACAUUCUGAACUGCAAAUAAGAGACAAACCUAUUCAUUUAAACGCAUGGUGAAAUCCUGGCCCUGUUGAAUUCAACAGAAGUCUUGCUAUUGACUUCAAUCUAGCUUUUUCUGCAGCUAUGUGUUCGUGAGCAGCUGUUUGAAGUGUUAACCCAAUCUAUUUAUUGUUUAACUUUUAACAUAACAUGCUGCACUUCUACAUCACUUUCCUCCCAAAGAGCUGAAUAAGAUUGUUGCUCCACUGCCCAGUAGUCUGUGGGGAUGACAAAAGAUUCUAUCUAAAGGAACUGUUUGAUAUUGUAAGAGUGGGCUAAUAAAAACCUGCUACCAGUAAAGGCUAUAGAGUGGGAGGGGGAAGUGUCUGUUGCAGGAGAAAAUACUUCUUGUUUAGAAGGGAAUAGAUUGUAUAACCACAGGAAUUUGCAGCUCGUUAAAUUGUUACUAACACCACUAGUAUACAUGUAUAGUAAAAUAUGUAACUGCCCUUCCUUGUGUGCGUGGACAAGCAGCUUCCUUAGAUAUUAGCAGGAGCACUGACUGAAUGAGAAGGAAAAUGUGAUACACCUCACAGGUUCUCUCUCUCUAGAUAAUUUUUGACCCAUUAUUUGCCAUCAGUGUAGCUCCACUGCUGAUAGCAUUAGGGGAGGAGUAUAGUCUUGAGACUAGUUCUGAGGUGUAGUGUGUUAAAAUUCAGGCACACCCUGGAACAGACCUUAAAACACCUUGUGUUCAUUGUAAAUUUCAGGACAUUUCCUUCCGAGAUGAAAUUAAUUGUUCUGCACCACUGUCCACAGCAGGAUUCAGAAAUACGAGAUUAUAGUAAUCUGAAAGCAAUAUUUUUUUUUGCCACAUUGAUACAAAUUUGCUGUAUUUAUUGUAUUUUGUAUAUAGAAUACUAUAUUUGUAGUGUACAGUUUUUAUAGAGCUUGUUUGUGCGCUCUGUACAUGUCUAUGAAUUUUAUAAGCACAUUGCAGCACUUGCAUUUGAAAUACUGUUGUAUGUAACCUUUAAACACUCCUUCACAUAUUUGUUAGAAAUUAAACUGUCUCCAUUUUAGAACCUGAUCAUGGAGUCCCUUAAUGCAGGCAAAAGUCCUGUUGACUUUGCUCAGAGUUUAGCUUGUGUAGUGACUGUAAGGUCAGUUGAUAAGAUCCCAGAGUACAGCUUACCUUUGAAUGGCCCAGACCUGUCAUCUUUUAUACAUGGAAUUCAAUGGACCUACUCCUGUCUGGAAAGGUUCUUGUGCAUGUAAAUAUUUGCUGGACUGGGCCCUCCUGGGGUGCAUUGCAUUGGUAAUUGUGACUCUUCUUACAGUGUGGUGUCUUUUGAAUCUGGCGAUUAAUAGUUAAAACAAAGGCAUUAGUUAAAUACUUCACAGAACUGAAGCAGCAAAUAUGCUCGCUGUCUCUUAUUUUGACUAGGGGACAGUCCAGAAAACAGGGCCAGGGAGCAGACUUUUAUAACUGCCUCAUUGAUCAGGUAAGCCCAGGAAUUAGAAUAAGGCCAUAUUUUCUGUUACUCAUCAUUUUGAAUAGCUAAUAAAUUUGGGGCUGAACUUGGCAUUGUUUUCAGGAAUUCAGUAUUUCUUUCUGCCAUCUCCAAUCCUUCCCUUGGCUAGGACUUGCUCAUCUCUAAGGUGUUUGAAAGUUGUGAUGCUUAGGUCACCUGUCUAAAAUGUGCAUCUCCCUAUUUCAUGUGUCAGCGUGUCACACCAGGUGUAUGAACUGCUUUCCUACUAUCUUAGGCGACUUUCUAGAGUUUAACUAGGCUCCUCAUCUGUGCAAUAACUGAACAGCUUCCUUACAUUCUACUAGUCAGUGCUAAAUGCUUUUGUAUUUAUACUUCUAUACAAAGACCCAAGGCAAACUUCAGCACUUCUGAAUAUUCUUGGGACUGAGGACAUUGCUUACUGGAUUUUGAUUCCAUAAAUAAAAUACAAAAAGGUUCAGAGAAAGGCAUCAAAGAUGAUCCAGGGUAUGAAAUGGCUUUCCCACACAGAGAGACAUUAGUGCUGCUCAGCUUA